AUGGAUAGAAAUGGAGAAUCAAUCUUUACAUCCAAUUUUUGGAGGGAAAUCAAUGAGUCAUUUUUCAUGGUUCACUCUCCCAUCAACCUCUAUGAUAUUAGUCUUUUCAAAAAGAAAUGUAUUCAUUUUAUUCAUAAAAUAGUUUCUAAUUAUGUAAACUUAAAUUGUCAUAAAUUAUUAGAUAAGCUUCUCAGAUAAAGUAAUAGAUCUAAAUUAUCUUAAUUAAAUUUUAUCAACUUGAAAUAUAGACUUUCGUUACUUUUUCAAUAAAGAUAGUAACAUUCAGAACCCAUUUAAAAUUUAAUUGAUGAACUGAUAGACCAAAUUUGUUUCACUCAACUUAUCGAAGGAUUAUCGUAAACAUAAGAUCUUAUUAAAAAUAUGUCUCAAUUACCUGAAUAAUAACAAUCGGUAAUUUAUCAUUAAGAAAAUUAAAUUUUGACUAAUUUACAUCACAUGAUUGAUUGUCAAGAUGAAUUAGCCUAAUAGAUAGAAUCACUUGAAUCAUAACUUUAACAACUUAAUAAUUAAAAUAUUCUUCAAUAGUAAAAUCUUUCCAUUUAUUUUAUUAGACUUGAAUAACAUGUUAAUGAAAUCAACAAUAAUCUUAUCUUCACCUACUCUUCUUAAAUCAUUCAAGAAAAUUCCAUCAAAUUAACUAGAAUUAGAAUUAGAAAUCAUAAAGAAGAACUUUUACUAUUGAAGGAUCUAAUAAUUUUACAUCAAGAUUAUCAAGUUGCUGAAAGUAUUGGAAAAGCAACUUUUAAUGAACAAAGUAAUUUUGAAUUACUUAUUUUUUUAAUAGGUAACACUAUUACUGUAAUCUUUGAUAAAUAUUUAAGUCAAACUCAAAUUGAUCUAAACUUGGAACAUUUUGCAAACCUUCAAAAAUUAAGAGAAGUUCCUUAUGAAUUCUCAGAUUAAUUACCUGGCCUCAGAUCUGAUGUAUAUCUAUAUCCAUUUAUGUAGGAUGUUUUUGAAAUGCAAAUGUGUCAUUUUUGUAAAUAAAUGGUUGAUAUUAAAAAUCUUAAAUAGUGUUCAUAUAAUCAUUAUUCUAUGGGGUUACAUGAAUACAAUGAAGAUUUAUUAAUUUGUUAAAGAUAUUAAAUUAAUGCAAAGUCUUAAUAAUAAUAUUUUUUAGAUCUUUAUUCUACUAAUUACAUUAUUGAAAGUAAAUUAAAUAAUAAUUUAUUAUAGAUUAACAUAUCUUAUGUAAAAGAUACUUUUGUUUAAAAUGCUUGAAGUAUGAAUUUGAUUCUUAUGAAACCACACAAUUUUUAUGGAUAUGUCCCCUAUGCAAAGUAAAAAAUAUAUGUAUUACAUUUAGGGAUUAUGUUCUUGUGUUAGAUGUUCUAAGAAUGAUACUAUUUAUAAAUUAAAAAGACAAUACCUAGAAUUAAAUGGAGAUUUAGAUGAUAUCUAUCAAUCAUCUUAUUUUGAAAUGCUUGUCAAAGAAAAAAGAAAACUUAUAAAAAAUGUUCCAAUCGAAUUCAUUAAUGUAUUUAAAACCAAAUAAGAAAAUAAUGACGAUACCUUAACACCAAAGAGUAAUCUUAAACGUAAGAAAUCUAUUACUAAAAGAAUGAUAAAAAAGAAAAUGAAUAAAAACGAUUCCUUAAUAGGUUAAAAAGCACAUAAACUUACACAUAUAGAGAGUUCAUCAUCAUCAGUAAAAAUUAAGAAAUCAAAAGAAAUUAAAAAGAGAUCUUUAUUUUUUAAUAAUAAUAAUCAUAAUGAUCCUUCUAAUUAAUAAAUCUUUAUUUAAUGA